AUGGGAAACACCCACUCCCAAUCCUCCCUCGAAUCUUGCAUCCAAUCCCUAGCAGGGAACCGUGCUCUCUCCUCGUUCGCAGCCUUCCCUGGCUCGCCCACCUACAAGACCGAUUGGGCCAGAUUAUACAACCUCAACUUUGCAGUCGUGCCUGCUGCUGUCGCCCGUCCCGAGACGGCAGAGGAUGUGGCAGGGCUGGUGAAAUGCGCGAGGGAGAAUGGGGUUAGGGUGCAGGCUAAGUCUGGAGGACAUAGUUACGGAAACUACGGUCUCGGUGGCGUCGACGGCGUCCUCUCGAUCGACAUGGUCAAUUUCCAGCACUUCAGCAUGGACAACGAUACAGGCGUAGUAACUGUUGGCGCUGGAAUGCCCAUCAAUGUGCUGAAUCAGAAGCUGCAGAAUGCCGGAGGGAGGGCUAUCCCUCAUGGGAUUGCGCCGGGGAUUGGGAUUGGUGGGCAUGCUGGUAUUGGCGGCAUUGGGACCAUGUCUCGCAUGUGGGGGACGACACUGGACCAUGUUAUUAAGAUGCAGGUCGUUACAGCAGACGGGGAGAUAAGGACGGUGAAUAAAUCGUCUGAGCCUGAUUUGUUCUGGGCCCUCCGCGGUGCCGCCCCCUCGUUCGGAAUAAUAACCUCCUUAACUCUAAUCACCCACCCUGCCCCCUCACCUAUAGCCCAAUAUGAAACAACCCUCUCCUUCUCCCCGACAACCCUCUCUUCGGCUCCCCUCUACUCUGUCUGGCAACAACUCAUCUCCGACCCCUCGCUCGACCCCCGCUUCGGCUCCCUCUUCAUUUUAACGCCCAUGGGUAGUCUCAUCACUGGCACCUUCUACGGAAGUCAAUCCGAGUUUGAAGACUCCGGAAUUCCCGAACGGUUCCCAGAUGGCAUGCAGCCCCACGUGCAAAUGACCGAUUGGCUUGGGGCGGGAGCACACCUAGCUGGACAGAUGGGGAAGUGGAUGCUAAGUACGCAGACGGGUUUUUUUGUCAAGAGCUUAGCCUUUCGCCGCAACGAAUUACCUAGUUCGCUGGAUGUACAGGAGAUAUUCAAGUGGAUCGACGACCAAGAUAAGGGGACGAUACUAUGGUUCUGUGUGUUUGAAGCUGUGGGGGGCAAAAUGAACGAAGUGUCCGUGGAGGAUACGGCAUUUGUGCAUAGGGAUAAGACGGUGGUGUGGCAAGUUUGGGCUGUUGUGCCGAGUAUGGAGGGGAACUCUGUAUUGGUGGAUAAGGCGAGGAAGUUUGUAGCGGGGCUGAAGGAUCAAUUUAUGAAGUAUGCGAAGGGAGUCGAUGGGAUGUAUCCUGGGUAUGUGGACCCUGAGAUGGGGGAGGAGUCGGGGCAGAGGAUGUAUUGGGGAAGGAAUUUAGAGAGGUUAGAGGAGCUGAAGAGGGUGUGGGAUCCGGAGGAGAGGUUUUGGAAUCCGCAGAGUGUGAGACCUGCUGACAAGUUUUCGGGAAAAAAAAGGUUAGGGGUUAGUUAA